UAAGCAUAGGUUGUGAAUGUGACCCACCUCUGUCUCACGUGUAAGUGUUUGAGGUAGGAUUGGUUAAUUAGGAAUUAGGAUGAGUUGACAAAUUUACUGCUGUUUGUUAGCUGCAAGUCAUACACUUGGGGUUUUUGCUUUAAAGUCAACUGAGUCAGUUGUCUUGAAUAUUUAACCAACAAAGUAAGGUAAAGUUCUCUUUAUAAACAGGGAUAACACAACUCGUUUUUUACAGGCAAUAGUUUUAUAGUAUGUUUCAAAAAGUAAUCUGUGGUGUACUUUUCUGUAAAUUCCUUUAUCACCUAGAGUAAUCUUACUGAAGAAAGUUUAUUUUACAUCUUAACUGGAUUGCAUUAAAACACAGUGAGCAUCUGUAGGAGUUUCAUAUUGUUAUUUUUAAGUUUGAAAAUAUUUAUUUUUUGCGAUUUAAUUUUAGUCUAAAUGUUUUCAUUACGAGGUGGGUUGUUAUUUUUCUCCUGCGACAUAAGUCUAUUGUUUAAACAUAUACGGUGGGUAAAACUACUAACAUAGGUACCUUUUAAACUCCACAGUUGUUACCCCGUAUGUUUCUUGAAUCACCUUAAUUGUUUGGGUAAUAUGCGGUACAAUGUCUUUCAGCUUUGAAAGAGGGCAAAUAUCAGCAUAAAUACUUUUAUCAGAAACUCAAGUCAAAUACCUGCAUUAGGUAUAUAUGCAUCCUGAGAGUUUAAUAAUGUCUGGAUAAUGUAAGUGGGAUCUGCAACGAAAUGUUGCAGCGUGAAGCCCUCUAGCUAUGCUUUCUCUCCCAUGACUCUCCAUUCCAUUCCAUUCCAUUCCCUACCCCACCUUGUUUUCUGUCUAUUCUACCCCUAAAAGCCAGUCACUGUUCACUGAGCAUGCUCAGUCCCCACUGGGUUGGUUGACCUUGUGACUGGGCUGGCUUGGGCAGGUAGGGAGUUUCAGUUCCUUGGUUCUUCAUUUCUAAAGAUUUUUUUGUGCUUCUGCAAAUCUUUGGGACCCCCUGAACUGAGGCAGGGCUGUAACUCGGCAACAGAGCAGCUGCUUUGCCCAUGCAGGACUUCUUAGCAGGCUUUGUGUGUCAAAAUCCAGAGGCAGGCUUCAAAGUGGGGUCUAGGCAAACACCAAUUACUGCAUGGGGCAAUUAGGUUUUGGUCUCAGAAUCCAAGAAUGGAAGCAGAAUUCUGGUGCAAAGCGAAUAUUUCUUUAAGAUCUUUCCGCUGCUGAAAUGUCACUUGGCGGAGAUGCUAAAGGGGCAAAGGGCUGCCCAGUCUCCUUCUUUAGUUUUUCUUCUAAAGAAGAAGAAGAAGAGUUUGGAUUUGAUAUCCCGCCUUUCACGCCCUUUAAGGAGUCUCAAAGCGGCUAACAUUCUCCUUUCCCUCCCCCCCCACAACAAACACUCUGUGAGGUGAGUGAGGCUGAGAGACUUCAGAGAAGUGUAGCAGCAGCUGCAUGUGGAGGAGCAGGGAAGCAAACCCGGUUCCCCAGAUUACGAGUCCACUGCUCUUAACCACUACUCCACACUGUAAAAGGAGUUGUGCAGAGCCAUCUGUUGGCAAAAUCAAUUAAUCUAACCCAGAGGUCAGCCAGCGUUUUCAGCAGGGGGCCAGUCCACUGUCCCUCAGACCUUGUGGGGGCCAAACUAUAUAUUUUUUGGGGGGGGGAAUGAACAAAUUCCUAUGCCCCACAAAUAACCCAGAGAUGCAUUUUAAAUAAAAGCAUGCAUUCUACUCAUGUAAAAACACACUGAUUCCUGGAUUGUCUGCGGGCCGGAUUUAGAAGGCAAUUGGGCUGGAUCCGGCCCCCGGGCCUUAGUUUGCCUACCCAUGAUCUAACCAACUGAGUUAUCUAUAUUCUGCAGGGGCUCCCUGUUUGUGGAAUGCUGAGCCCAGGGAGGGCUUGCCUGGCUCCUUCAUUAUAUAUGUGGAACAUCCUCCCUUCAGAUGUCAAGGAAAUAAGCAGCUAUCCUAUCUUUAAAAGACAUCUGAAGGCAGCCCGGUUCCGGGAAGUUUUUAAUAUUUAAUGCUGUACUGUUUUUUAACACUUGAUUGGGAGCCGCCCAGAGUGGCUGGGGAAACUCAGCCAAAUGGGCAGGGUAUAAAUAAUAAAUUAUUAUUAUAAAUUAUUAUUAUUAUAUCUUUAGAUUCCAGGCGCAAACGUUCCUCUUCAACUAGGCCUUUAAAUGUGUUUGGGGGGGGUGUUAUGGGUUUUCCUCCUUGUAUUUCUUAUGUAUUUUGUGUAUUUAUCCUGCAUUUUAUAAUAAUAAAAAUAAUAAUACAUAAAGUCCCAGAUUCAGCCUCUGGUAUCACCAGGUAGGGGCUGCGAGUGUCCCCUUUCUUGAAAUACCAGAGAGCUGCUGCCAGUCGGAGUAGAUAGUAUUGAACUAGAUGGGCCCAAGGGUCUGAUUCAGCACAGAGCAGCUUCCUCUGAUACAUCCCUAUGUGUUUGCAGUUUAAGCAGUCUCUUUCUCAGCAGUCUCUAUCUUUCCUGUUUUAAAUCUCUCUGCUGGGUUAUAUUCACUCUUAUAAGGCACCUUUGUGAAGUUUAGGAACAGUAACUGUUAGUGCUGUGGGGAUUGGUCCCCUUUCACUCUUAAAAGCUCACUCUGUAUUUUAUAUAUUCUUUGUUUCUGCUGCCUCCGCCCCUGUGCUCUUCCGAUAACCAGCAGUUUUCCAGUUUCCGGUUCUUUAUAAGGAGGGAGGGGCAGGGGUCUCUUUAUCUCCAGUUUUAAACUUAAUGGAGAGUUCAGCGCUUCCUCGCCGGGUUUGGAGACGUUAACAGACGUUUUAAAAUGGAUUUUAAAUGGUUUUGGGGAAACCCCUUCAAUGCACUGCCCUGGGCUCUGUACUCAGGAUCCCCACCUGAGCUCGGGAAAACUCACGCCUCCUGUUCUCCCUCGGUUUUCUCUGGCGUCUGGACUGCCUCGAGUUGCCAAGAGCGCAAUCCUUCACCCAUCCUCCGAGUGCGCUGCUCCAGAAGUCCCCAAGGGUCUGAUUCAGCAGAGAGCAGCUUCCUCUGAUAUAUCCCUGUUCUUUGCGGUUGGUGCUGUUUUGGCUACCUAAGGAACUAAGUGUACUUGGAGAACUGAGCUGGCUAUCAGAUAUAUACCAACAGCUUUCAUUUUUUUAAAGGAAGGGCAAAGAUAGCUUGAAAGCAGUUGCAUAUAUGUUAUGUUGUGUCAGAGUAUGGGUCCCUCUAGCUCAGUAUUAUCUUAAACUGGAAAUGGCUCUCUCAAGAUGGCAGCCAUUCUCCGCCUCACCUGGAGACACCAAGGACUGAACCUGGGGCCUUCUGUAUGCAAGGCAGGUGGACUACCACGAAACUAUGGUCCUGCCCCAGAACAUGAGGACUAGAACUCAACUUGAGUUUUUCUUUUGAGAAGAAAAAAUGUAUUUUGGGCACAAGUGUCUGUGCCAGAAGCACUGGUUUUGUAAACUACCUAUUUUUCGCUCCAUAAGACGCACCCGACAAUAAGACGCACCUAGUUUUUAGAGGGGGAAUGCAAGAAAAAAAUAUUUUUAAAGGGAGCGCUGAGCAGAGCCUGUAGGCAUCCCAGGCUCUGCUCAGUGCUCCCUUUCACAAGCCGCGUUGAGCUCCACAUGGCUCGUGAAAGGGAGCACGGCUCUUGGGGGCUUUUCCGGGAGGUGGGGAAAGGGACUGAGGGGCUGCCCUCUGUCCCUUCUCCCACCUCCCACAAAAGCCAGCAAGAGCCGCACGCUCUUUAAAGGGUGCACGGCUCUUGUGGGCAUUUCUACGAGGUGGGAGAAGGACAGCCCGUCAGUGACAGCGGAGUGUGUGUGUGGCUCUUGGGGGCUUUUCUCGCCUGCCUCCCACCUGCAUUCACUCCAUAAGACGUACACACAUUUCCCCUUACUUUUUAGGAGGAAAAAAGUGUGUCUUAUGGAGCGAAAAAUACUGUACUGUACAGGGUUGCAUAUACAGCUCUAUCUGUAAUUCGAGAUACAACAGACACAUGCCCAAAAUGUUGUGAUUCCAUUACUCAGUGCAAAUCAUAGAAUUUGUUAUGUACUGAAGUUCUCACCCUGGGCCAGCAGGGGGAUACUGUAGAUAGUUAUGCAAACGAAGGAUCGAAAGUGACGUUCAGUGAUUGGAUAGUUUUAGAAAAUUGCAACAGUUACGUUGUUCUGGAGCUCUAUAUAAGCAGGCUGACUGAGCCCUUCAGUUCAGUUCUGUUCUGGCAUCUGAAUAAAGAAGAGCUGUUUGAAAAAUCGCUGUGUCAUCUGAUAUGUUCACCCACACCUUAACAGAAUUGUAGAGUUAAAAUGGGCUCUGAGGAUCAUCUAGUCCAGGAAAUGUGUAGCUGUCCCAUACAGAAAUCAAACCCGUGACCUUGAUUUUUUUGGUACUGGUUUUUGGUACUUGCUUAUGAUUUCAAAUACGGCAUAUUCAACACAAUCAUCCCCGAUGUUUUCAGAAUCACUCUUAGAUACACCGUGGAUGGAAAUGCUCUUGCUUGAUCCCAGUUUUGAAAAUAAAUGUCUCCAUUCUCUUUUGGGGGGUUUUGGAAUGAAAGGAAGAAAAAGCCAUGAUGGAGCAACCUCUGAGCUGCAAAGAAUGUUUUGCGAAAAGCCACAUGGGUGCAAAACACCUUACCAAGAAAACAAGUAAGUGCAUUCAGGUGGACAUGGACUUGGAAGAAGAACCCUCAAGUGGAAAGAGAAGCUCUCAAGAUAUACUUGACCCAAUGGAAGCCACGACAACAUCUCCAUCCUCUGAGCACUUGCGGUCUUGCCAGCUUCCAACUGCACAUGCCACGCCCAGAGAGUUCCCGUCUCUGCCUAUGCUGCGGCUUCCGCUUUCACCUCUGCCACCCCCUCCUUCCCCUCCUUUGAUGAAGGCCACGUCUCUGUGCAACAAGGCCCUGCCGUCCUGCAGCGUUGAAGGCUCCACGAAGGCUCAGAGGCCAAUGCUGAAAAUGAAGCCGUUCAACUGGCAAACGCUUCCCUUAGAUGCCACGAAAAGUGAGUACGCUGGCUGUGUUCUACCUCUGCUGCCCACUGUGUAGGGAAAGUGCCAUUGCAUUCAAGUUCUGGUUGUGGGCUUCCCAUGGGCAUCUGAGAACAAGCCAACCCAGCCUGAUGGGGCUUAAAUAAUAAAAUUAUUAUUAUUAAGAUGCUGGACUGGAUGGGUCUUUGGUCUGGCUCCAGCAGGGCUGUUUUCAAGUGUGUUCUAUAAUAAACCAGGGGUGGUUAACCUGUGGCACUGCAGAUGUCCAUAGAAUCAUAGGAUUGUAGAGCUGGAAACGCUCCAUCAUUGUGUGUCUUUUCCAGGUGGCCGUUCUCUCUGGACUUCAGCGGUGACCAAUGGUGAUGAAGCUAUAGAGCCUGAUUAUAUUAGCAUAGAGCGACUCUUCUGUGUAUCUCAGGCAAGCCAGCAGGAGAAAACAGAACUCAGACUGAAGAAGCCAAAGGAGGUACAAUAGCUGAGUGUCAUUCCCCAUAAUUUGAUGGGUUUUAAGCACUUGUGGUCUCUUUUAGCAGGGCAGGAUCUUCACUGCUGGAUUUUGGGCCAGGAGAGGGGGCUGGUUCCCUCGCACAGGAUGGCAAGCCAAGGGGGAGCAAAAAUUGAGAAGAUCCAUAGCUGAGAAGAUCCAUUUGAGGGCACCAAAUUUUGGGCUUGCCAUGUUACGAAAGAUUACCAAAGUCAGCCCCUUGGCAUCUCUUAAGACCUGUCUUUUGUUUGUACAAAUGUGUUUUUAGGAUGUGCCUUUUCUGAUUGGUUUUUUGGGUUUAUACUGUGUUAGUUUGUUUUGGGUCAAUUUUGUGAGGAAAGCAGAUUAACACAACAUAACAUAACAUAACAACAUAACAUAACAUAACAUUACAUAACAUAACAUAACAUAACAUAACAUAACAACAUAACAACACAACACAACACAACACAACAACAACAUGAAACAUAACAUAAAACAUAACAAUAACAUAACAACAACAUAAAAUCAACAAACAUCAACAUAACAUAACAUAACAUAACAUAACAACAUAUAGCACUAUAAAAAUGCUAGGAAGUGGGGAGAUGGUGAGGAAUCUGAAAACCGCUGCACAUUCUCUGUGUCUCAGAGCUUUGUUCAAAGAAAGUAGGCAAGCAGUAUUAACUUGUUCCUGCUACUAAUUUUUUUUAACUACCCCCCUCUUAAACAGAUUUCCUUCGUAGAUCGAAAGAAAAGUCUCCAUCUGAACAUAGUGCUAAAGCAAUUUAAAUGGUGAGAGUUACUUGGUCAAUUAAAUGCGUUGGGUGGGGUGAGGGGGAGCGAUGACUAAACCUGGCCCCCAGCAGCAUAGGCAGAACUUCAACAUGAGCAAAUAUGAAGCCUUGUAGGGCAUCAGAUCGUUGGCGCAUCUAUUGUCUAGUCUGAUUGGCACUGGCUGUCCAAGGUCUCAAGGCAGAGGUCUUUCCGAGAUCCUUUUUAGCAGGAGAUGCCACUGAGAUGACCUCUCUCCUUCCAGUUUGUUUCCUCUCUACCGCCAGUAAGAGCAUAUAAGUGUGACAAAAGUUUUUAAGAUGGGCCAAGCUGGCUGAACACAGCAUGGGGAACCAAAGGAGAUGACUAUGUAAGCCCAGAGCUUUCCAAACCUUUCAUGUUGGCGACACACUUUUUAGACUUGCAUAAUUUCGCGACACGGUAAUUCAGUUUUACUAGCAAACCAGAGGUUAAACUAUCCCCUUUCCAGCUCCCAGGGGAGGAGCGCAGGGAGCGUUUGCACGACACACUUACACACUGCAGCCAACACACAAAUGUGUCGCGACGCACAGUUUGGAAAGUCCUGACGCAAGCCAUCUGCCAAGGGAUUUGUGCUGUGAUUUCACUUUGCAUGGGUCCUUCAGUAAUAAAGCAUGUGAACUGGAUCCAACCGGACAACAACCCUGCCAACAACUCUCCCAUUUACAGGCAUCCCCCCCCCCAUACACUACUGACUUUUGCACAACUGCAUAUAGGUGCGUCGCCAGGAAAUAAGUAAAUAAUUCAAUUAAAACCUGGAAAUUGCGGGAGAGAGCUGACGAGUCCUCGUGGCUUGCAAGCAGACCCUCCCUGGAGCCCGAAGAGGUCAGUGAGGGUGGAGGAAGCCCCAAAGAGACAUGAGGCGCAGUGGGGCUUUGUUUACACUGCUCAGCCUCCCCGCAUGUCCUCUCGCCUCCUCCAGAUUUUCAAUUCUAGCUGUGGGUAUUUUUGGAUCCAGUACUUUUGAUUGAAGAGAGGGUGUUUAGCGGGUGCUCCCCACUUGAUGUGAUUUCACUUAUGCAUGCGGGGCCCCGGAACGUAACUCCCACGUAAGUUGGGGGGACGGGGCGCCUGUGCUGAGAUUUCUUCCUAGCUUUUAUAUUUGUGCAUCUUAACCAUUCCACUUCUUUCCUGUAGCUCGAAUCAGCAAAUAGCCGACAUGAUUUGGAAAGGUGACAGGAGCAUGUUUGACGAAGAGACCCUGAAAAACCUAAUGAAGCUUCUGCCCAAAAACCAUGAGGUAUGAAUACUGGCUUCCCCCCUAUAUUAAUUUUAGAUGUGCUUAUUAGUGCACCAAGAAAGUUGUCGUAAUUUCCCUGACCCUGUAACAGCUGAGGCCAUUAUGCGUGGCUUAAUUACAUGCAGAUGGGAAGAUCGGAGGAGGGAGAGAAGGGAGUGUCCCUGACCUGCCUACUUUUGCCUGUGGCCCCACCCAUUUUUGCCUGUGGCCCAACCCACCACUGACACACAGAAGAACCCCCAGGGGAAUGCAACCCCCAAAUUGGGAGUGAAGGUUCUCCACUCCCCACUGUCAUCACUGCACCAGACUAGCUUUCUUUCAUUCAUGGAACUGGAACCCGUGCCAGAUGUCUUGCUAUUUCUGAAGGUUAAGUUAAGAAAUAACUUGAGAGUUGUCUCAAAGCCAUUAGUCAUGCUCUGCAACUAUUAAGAGAGCAUAUUUGGAAGUUGCUAGGCAAUCACAAGUGGUGCUCCUGACCUCCCUGGAGCUGGCAAGGCACGUGAGUGCAUACAUACCAUAAGACGAGCCUGCUUUGAUCAGGCCAAUGGCUCAUCCAGUUCUGUUCUCAGAGGCCACACAGUCUGCAAAGCUGGGCAUAAGCUCCACAGCACUCUGCCCACCUGCAAUUCCCAGCAAGUUGUAUUCGGCGGCAUGAUGCCUCUCACAUUUUAUUAAUAAUAAUAAUUUAUUAUUUAUACCCCGCCCAUCUGACUGGGUCUCCCCAGCCACUCUGGGCUGCUUCCAACCAAAUAUCAAAAACAAUACAGCGUCAGACAUUAAAAACUUCCCUAAACAGGGCCUCCUUCAGGUGUCUUUUAAAAGUAAAAUAGUUGUUCAUUGCCUUGACAUCUGCUGGGAGGGUGUUCCACAGGGCAGGUGCCACUACCAAAAAGGCCCUCUGCCUGGUUCCCUGUAACCUCACUUGUCACAGCGAGGGAACCGCCAGAAGGCCCUCGGAGCUGGACCUCAGUGUCCGGGCUGAACGAUGGGGGUGGAGACGCUCCUUCAGGUAUACAGGACCGAGGCUGUUUAGGGCUUUAAAGGUCAGCACCAACACUUUGAAUUGUGCUCGGAAACAUACUGGGAGCCAAUGAAGAUCUUUCAGGAUUGGUGUUAUGUGGUCCCGGCGGCCACUCCCAGUCCCCAGUCUAGCUGCCGCAUUCUGGAUUAAUUGCAGUUUCCGAGUCACCUUUAAAGGUAGCCCCACAUAGAGUGCAUUGCAGUAGUCCAAGCCGGAGAUAGCUAGAGCAGGCAUCCCCCAAAGGGCUCUGGGAACUGUAGUCCUCUUCUUAAUAUUUAUUUCUUAAUUUAUAAAAUGCUUCUUGCUUCAUACAGUUAAAGGGAGGAGAACACACACUUUAAGUGGUUUACAAAAAAAAAAGCAAUGUACUAUGUCUGGGUAUCGCUGCUUGCAGUUCAGAGCUGGUAGUGACGAGUCUUCCUCUCUUUUGUCAGAUUGAGAGAAUGAAAGCAUUCAAGGGCGAAAAAGCCAAGCUUGGAAAUGCAGAUCAGUUUUAUCUGUGUCUCCUUGAAGUUCCCAGGUAAGAGCCGUCUUUUACUUCCCCUUGCCUACAAGUUCUGCAUGACUAGCAUAGGCGUUUGCAGGGCUGGUUCUACCAUUAGGUAGAGUGAUGUGGCUGCCUCAGGCAGCAGUUUCUUGUGGGGUGGCGCUGGCAGCAGAGAACUGACAGCAGGGGUUUGUGUCACCUAAGUCUGCAUCUCUAUUGGAAUUACUAUAGUUUUAACAGUUUGGCUACGUGCAAUUGUUUUUAAAAUGUUUGUAUUGUUUUUACGUACGGAACUGUUUUUACCCUUUUCUUGUUUUUACAUUUGUAAGCCUUUCCUGCGCCAACAGAAUGCUAAGGAAGGAUUUGUCCAGCAUUUCUUUUCCCUAUUUUCCAUUCUGAACCAUAUUCUGUGAACUAUUAACAGAUCAUACAAUAUAUUAUUGUCUUUUUCUUUGCCUUGAUUUUGGAGCAGCUUGCCCAGUUUCAUUGCCUCCCCUUGUGAUAAAGGGAAGGGAAGAAAUCUUUUUUUUUUAAAUAAGAAACCUUUCAGAAAAUAAAAAAUAAGUAAGUUUGCUACCCUCAACUGCUGUGCUAGAGGCCAUUGUCCUGUCACCAGUGUGACAACUGCCAAUCAGGUUAGCUUCUAGAAGUGGAUUUUGUUUUGGGGUUGUAAUUUUUUUGCGGCGGGGCACCAUCUUGUCUUUCAGCAGAGAGUCUCUUGCCCUAGCCCUGGGUGUUUGUCAGGGCAGAGCUGUAGGCAGCUGUCCAAGGUGAGCCAGGAAUUGAGUCAGAGCCAAGAAGCAAGGAGGAAUUGGAACUGAGAAGCACACUAGGGUUAGAGAGAACCAGGAAGGAGGACCUUGGAAAUGAGGAACAAAUGAGGAACAAACAGGAGCUGGAUUGGAAAGGGAAUAAAAUAAAAAAUAAAUAAAAAAUACUGGUUUCUCUUCCUAGUUACCACUUGAGGAUUGAAGGCAUGCUGAUAUGUACGGAGACCAACAUUAUGCUGGAUCUGCUUUGGCCCAAAGCAAAAUUGGUCAGAGCAGCUGCUGAGAGUAAGUGGACUGCAAAAUUUAGGAACAAAUGAAAAAGAUUCACACCAUUGGUCUGUCUAACUUAGUAUUGUUGUCAUUGACUGGCAGCACCUUGUUGGUUAUUUUGCAGACUAGUUGCUCUGCAGAGGGUGUGCUGGGGAGACCACACAUUCAAGAAAUGCAAAACCAACUUUUGCUAGGUUUUAAUAACAAAAACAAAAACUCCUUUUACACUAAAUUGCAAUAAAUAAAUGGGACACAGGUGGCUCUGUGGGUUAAACCACAAAGCCUAGGACUUGCCAAUCAGAAGGUCAGUGGUUCAAAUCCCUGUGAUGGCGUCAGCUCCCGUUGCUCGGUCCCUGCUCCUGUCAACCUAGCAGUCUGAAAGCACGUCAAAAUGCAAGUAGAUAAAUAGAUACUGCUCUGGUGGGAUGGUAAACUGCGUUUCCGUGUGCUGCUCUGGUUUGCCAGAAGCAGCUUAGUCAUGCUGGCCACAUGACCUGGAAGCUGUACGCCGGCUCCCUCGGCCAAUAAAGCGAGAUGAGCGCCGCAACCCCAGAGUCGGUCACGACUGGACCUAAUGGUCAGGGGUCCCCUUUACCUUACAAUAUAUCAAUAAGCAUGACCCAUCCACCAGGGUACUGAGAGAGCUACAUGCUGCUCUUUAUAUACCAUACCCAACAGCUUAAUUACCACAACUUAACAGCAUCUUAAAAAGCAGAGACAUCACCUUGCCAACAAAGGUCCGUAUAGUUAAAGCUAUGGUUUUCCCAGUAGUGAUGUAUGGAAGUGAGAGCUGGACCAUAUAGAAGGCUGAUCGCCGAAGAAUUGAUGCUUUUGAAUGAUGGUGCUGGAGGAGACUCUUGAGAGUCCCAUGGACUGCAAGAAGAUCAAACCUAUCCAUUCUGAAGGAAAUCAGCCCUGAGUGUUCACUGGAAGGACAGAUCCUGAAGCUGAGACUCCAAUACUUUGGCCACCUCAUGAGAAGAAAAGACUCCCUGGAAAAGACCUCGAUGUUGGGAAAGAUGGAGGGCACAAGAAGAAGGGGAUGACAGAGGACGAGAUGGUUGGACAGUGUUCUCGAAACUACCAACUUGAGUUUGACCAAACUGCGGGAGCCAGUAGAAGACAGGAGUGCCUGGCAUGCUCUGGUCCAUGGGGUCAUGAAGAGUCAGACACAACUAAACGACUAAACAACAGCAGCAGCAGCAGCCCCUGCUAUACUGCUUCAGCGCUGUAAAACUAGGUCAUGUUAUUUGCUCUGGCUUUUAAAGAAAUACACAUCCUGUGGAACAAUAAUGAACCUUCAAAUUUAAAGAGACCAUUCAACACACCUCCCGUCCGCAUGAUCUGUAAAUUCCCUUUAAAAACCACAAUCCCAAGCUUCCAAUUUUAUUUUGAGUUUUGCAUCUAGUACCAAAUGCUGCUCUUGCCCAGACUAAGGGUGGAAUGGCAGCAUGAGAACAUAAGAAGAGCUGUGCUGGAUCAGACCAAAGACCCAUCUAAUUCAGCAUCCUCUUCUCACAGUGGCCAACCAGAUGCUCUCAAAAGCCCACAAACAGGAGCACAGCAGGACCCUCAGCCUGCUUGUGAUUCCCAGCAUACUGCCUUCAGCAAUGGAGGUAGAACUUGGCCAUUGUGACCAGUAACCAUUGACGAUCCAGAUUAAAUAAAUUAAUUUGCUCAAGUCACCCAAACAGGUGAAAAUAAUGCUAGCCGAAAACUCUAAUGUCUUUUUGGAGAUGCUUUGAUUUUUAUUUGAUUCACACACUUUGUAGUUCUGUGUAGCUUUAUAUUUUAUCAGUGACUUAAUUGGAUACCCCAGUUACUCAUCAUUUAAAGACAACUAACAAUUCAAUUCUAAACCACUGAGCCUAGGGCUUGCCGAUCAGAAGGUCGGUGGUUCGAAUCCCUGCGACAGGGUGAGCUCCUGUUGCUCGGUCCCUGCUCCUGCCAACCUAGCAGUUCGAAAGCACGGCAAAGUGCAAGUAGAUAAAUAGGUACCACUGUGGCAGGAAGGUAAACGGCAUUUCCGUGCGCUGCUCUGGUUCACCAGAAGCGGCUUAGUCAUGCUGGCCACAUGACCCGGAAGCUGUACGCCGCCUCCCUCGGCCAGUAAAGCGAGAUGAGCGCCACAACCCCAGAGUCGUCCACGACUGGACUUAAUGGUCUCUUUACCUUUAACAAUUCAAUACAAGAGUACUCAGAAGAACUGCCCACUGAGUUCAGUUUUCAAUUGCAACCUAAAUAUUAUUUUCUUCCUGAAUUUAAAUGCAAGACACGGAGCAGCAGGGGUGGGUUUUUUGUGCAAACUCCAAGGAAAAAUGACAUUUGCAUUCUUCUCUUUUUCAGCUCUUCUUACAAACCGGCGUCUGCCAUUGUUCUGCCAGUUGAUUCUGAAAGUUGGAAACUUCUUAAAUUAUGUAAGAAGGUGGGGAGAGUGGGGUAAUACCUACCUGUCUCACCUUUUUUUAUCUCUUCUUUCCUAACCCUUUCCUCCAGGGAACUUUAGACUAUUGUAUAUGGUCCGCUUCUGCCCCUGGUUUAUCUUUGCAACAACCCUGCAAAGUAGGUUAGGCUGAGACAGGGGUGGGGAACCUGCUUCACCCUGAGGGACCACAUUGCCUUCUAGGCGACCCUUGGGGGAGCCCUAUGCUGGCAGUGGGUGGGGCUGGGGCAAAAGUGGGUGGAGCAAUCAAUGUAAACUUUUGCCUUUGUACGGUAGGCUAGUUCAGUGUUUCCCAACCUUGGGCCUCCAGCUGUUUUCGAACUACAAUUCCCAUCAUCCCUGACCACUGGUCUUGCUAGCUGAGGAUUAUGGGAGUUGUAGUCCAAAAACAGCUGGAGGCCCAGGGUUGGGAACUGCUGGGCUAGUUUAUACACACACGUGCUUAACUCCUUUCUAUUGUCCAUCCAGACAGGGAAGAAAGAGGCAUUAGGGGAAUUCAAGGAUGCAUUCUGGCCAGGCAAAAACGCUUGGGCCACUGAAAGUUGUAGCCUGGCAAAAUAUUGCUCAAAAAAUGAUAGGCUAAUAUGUCUAGAUUAAAAUGUGAAGUACUGGAUGGAAGAAAAAUUAGUAAGGAAAGAUAAUAAGAAUAUAUAGAUGAUUUGAGAAGAUUGUAGAAUGCAAAGAUUAUUGUAAAUUGUAUAAUGUGAAGCAAUCAAGUGGGGGCGGAGGGAAGUAGGAAGAAGGAGAAAAGAAUAAUAUGAUGGAUUGAGGAAAUGUAAAUGUAUGGGGGGAUGGGGAAGAAAUGGUGUUGGCUUUGGUACAUCUGUAUUGUAAUGUAAAAUGUGAAAACCAAUAAUAAAUGAAUAAAUAAAUAAAUAAAUGCCAGUGAAAAGGAGGAAUCAAUGGGGGGGGGGGAGAAAUUUGUAGCCUGGAGUGGAUCAUAGAGAGGCCUGGAGGUCUGCAUUUUGUACACCCACCACACCUCAGGCCUGAUGUUCCCUAUCUCUGGGGUAAAAGGUGCUGAUAGUGCCAAGGUCACCCAGGAAGUUUCAUGGCUGAACAGGCAUACCUUUUAUUGUUGUUCAUGUACUAGACUCCUCAGCAACUAUAAUUAUUAUUAAUAAUUUAUUUGUAUACCGUCCUAUACCCGCAAGUCUCAGGGCGGUUCAUGGCAUAAAAUGGCCAUUAAAACCACAAAAUACAAUCAUACCUCGGGUUACAGAUGCUUCAGGUUGCGCGUUUUCGGGUUGCGCACCACACCGAACCCAGAAGUACCAGAACGGGUUACUUCCGGGUUUCGGCACUCACGCAUGCGCAGAAGUGCGCUAUGCGCAGAAUUGCGCUAUGUGCCGAAGUGGCGCUGCGAGUUACAAACGUGCCUCCUGCAUGGAUCACGUUCGCUACCCGAGCGUCCACUGUACAUAAUACAAACGAAGACAACCCAGUAACCCCCUCUCCCCAACACAUUUUAAAAGCGCAUUGGAUUCAAUCAGCCAAAGGCCUGGUUGAAGAGGAACAUUUUGUGCCCGGCGCCUUAAAGGUGUAUAAUGAAGGUGCCAGGCGAACUUCCCUGGGGAGAGCGUUCCACAGAUGGGGAGCGAUGCAGAAAGGGCCCGUUUUCGUGUUGCCACCCUCCGGACCUCUCAAGGAGGAGGCACACAAAGAAGGGCCUCAGAAGGUGAUCUCAAGGUCCAGGUAGAUUCAUAAGGUAAGAGGCGGUCCUUGAGGUACAGUGGUAUCGCAGGUUACAGACUCUUCAGGUUACAGACUCUGCAAACCCAGAAAUAGUACAUCGGGUUAAGAACUUUGCUUCAGGAUGAGAACAGAAGAGGCCCCAUUAGGUAAAGUGGUACCUCAGGUACAGUUUCAAGUUAAGAACGGACCUCUGGAACAAAUUAAGUUCUUAACCCGAGGUACUACUGUAUUGCAGUCCUGAGCCAUUUAAUUAGCCUUGGAGAUUGGUCCAAGGUCACCCAGUAAGCUUUGUGCAUGGCUGGGUUUUCAUUUUUGCUGUUGCUCAAGUACGAUAAGGGGGUAAUAUGAUAGCCAUGUUCAAAUAUAUAAAAGGAUGUCACAUAGAGGAGGGAGAAAGGUUGUUUUCUGCUGCUCCAGAGAAGCGGACACGGAGCAAUGGAUCCAAACUACAAGAAAGAAGAUUCCACCUAAACAUUAGGAAGAACUUCCUGACAGUCAGAGCUGUUCGACAGUGGAAUUUGCUGCCAAGGAGUGUGGUGGAGUCUCCUUCUUUGGAGGUCUUAAGCAGAGGCUUGACAACCAUAUGUCAGGAGUGCUCUGAUGGUGUUUCCUGCUUGGCAGGGGGUUGGACUCGAUGGCCCUUGUGGUCUCUUCCAACUCUAUGAUUCUAUGAUGAGAUUCCUCACUUAUAUUUUAUGGAUCCUUUAGGGAUGGGGAACCUGUGGCCCUCCAGGUGCUUUUGGAUCCUGUAAUCCCUGAAUACUGGUUAGGCCAGCCCAGGGCUGAUGGGAACUGGAGUGGUCUGGUUCUCCAUUCCAUAAUUUUUAUUAUUGGGCCCUUUCAUCCCUUCGUCUUGCAUGCUUGGUUUGGUGGCUUCUCAAGAUAUCUAAAUGUCUGUGUGUCUAUUACAGUUGCCAUCCAGCUGUGAUGGCAAAGGGACAUGUUGGGUGUGCCUCUUUCUUGGAAUUGUGUGGUUGGCUCAUAUCACAUCUGAUCUUUCAGGGGCGUCACAGUGGGAAUGCUGGAGGCUUCAGAAUCAGCACGUUGCUCAAACUAACAGAGACAAGAGCAAAUAAAAACAGCAUUACUCUGCUCCAUCACAUCCUAGAGGUACGGAUGCAUUUUCUGCUUCUUUCUUGCGGUUGACUUUGAUUCUGAGAAUACAUUAGGAGCAGUAUUGUUUUAAGACAAGACAAAACUCGAGCCCCCUUAUGAGAACUGAUUGCACUUUUUAAGACAUCAAUUUUAUGAUUAUAAAUAAGCUAGGGGCUGCUGCCUUUCCUUGCUCUACUCACCAACCUGGCCAGACCCUCCCUUUACACCUGAACACCCCUCACCUGCUCCACUGAAUUGAAAUUUCAGCCUUCACGACAUAGGGAAAUGGCCAAGUAAACAGCUAUUUUCAUGGAGGAGGGUCAAGAUAUUAACUGAUAUGUAUGAAAUUUCAGAUAUAGCUAUAUAAUCCCUAGUGUCGUAAGAGAAGACCUUUGGAGCAGGCAUUUUAAGAAAAAGUAUUUUAUGAACUGCCCUACUGAACACCCAGCGAAGAAAAAAGAAGAAAACUCCCUAGAAGCUGUUUGGCUUCUGAAAAUUGUUCAAAAACUGGAUCAGUUACUUCUGGGUUUUCAGUGCUCGGGACCAAAAUGUACGAUAAUGGAGGCUUUUGGGAACCGAGGUUUGACUGUACACACAUUUUAAUAAACAAAUUCCCCUAAUGCAGAAGGUCCCAGGUCCAAACUCUAAUAUCUCCAGGUAGAGAUAACACUUCCUCAAAUCCUGGAGAGCAGGCCAUGACAAUGUUGGGCUAUGAACCCAAUGGCCUGACUCAGUUUAAGGCUGCUUCCUGUUUUCUCGCACUUCUAAUAAUUGGUUGGUGCUUUCUACAGAUGCAAAUACAUGAUUAUUACUUUUUGUUUUGUUUUGUUUUAGGAGGUUGAAAAAAAACACAGAGACCUUUUACAGCUUCCCAGUGACCUGGAGUGCGUUUCAAAGGCAGCUGGGUAAACUCUCCUCCCUUCUAACAUUUGAAAUAAAAAGGUUAAUGUGUGUUUGUUAAAGCAGAAUUAGAAUACAGUCGUACCUCGGGUUACAGACGCUUCGGGUUGCGUGAUUUUGGGUUGCACACCGCACAGAACCUGGAAGUACUGGGACAGGUUACUUCCAGGUUUUGACGCUUGCGCGUGCACAGAUGUGCCGAAUCGCAACCCAUGCAUGCGCAGACGUGGCGCUGCAGGUUGCGGACGCUGCAGGUUGCAAACGUGCUUCUCGCAAGGAUCAUGUUCGCAACCCGAGCGUCCACUCUAUGAGCAAGUAGAGAACUCUGUGGCAUGGGGACGGGGGGAGGGAGGGGACACACAGAACUGGGCGAAGGCCCUGCCUUCCCCUCUUCUUCCUGUUACCCCAACACAAUGUCUAACCAGUUGUGUGGUGGCAAAUUCAGAAGUGCAGGGUCCCUUCAUGAUAGUCACAGCUGUGCCCCUCACAGCUGCACCCCUUCUAAGAUUGCACAACAAUAUUAUACAGUUGUGUAGUAAUAAUAAUAAUAAUAAUAAUAAUUAAUGGAUGCACUGCAACCAUUAAUGCAGGUGUUGCCUUUCAGAUAGAUCUGCUGUUUUCUGUGCACGUACAUGAGCAAAUGACUUGGAGUGCUCUGAUUUCGUCUGUGUUUUCCAUGAAGCUCUGCUGUACGUAGCAGAACUUGCACAUGGUUCCCUUGAAACGGAAGCCCCUUGUGCAGGCAUAGGCAAACUCAGCCCUCCAGAUGUUUUGAGACUACAAUUCCCAUCAUCCCUGACCACUGGUCCUGUUAGCUAGGGAUUAUGGGAGUUGUAGUCCCAAAACAUCUGGAGGGCCAAGUUUGCCUACGCCUGCCCUUCUGUUUUCAGCAUUCCUAAAUGCUUAGCUUUGGAGCACCCUGUGGAUGAAAAGCUCCCCUUUCGUGCUGGAUGGGGUAGCUGUAGGGCACUGGGGACAAGGACUCUGCAGAGGCACAGCUGCAGAAAUGUGAUUCCUGUAUCCACAUUCCUCUCAGGUAGAGGACCAUUGAUAAGGCUCCUUCUUUUGUCUUGCAUGCAUGAUCUCUCUCAUCACAAAGACUCUCCUUCUGUGUUUCCCAUUGAGAGACAUGUGGGGGUGGGGGUAGGGGUGCUGAGGAAGGGAAGCUUCCACAAUGGGUUGCCUAUAGAUGCUGCUUGUAAUUUUUUUUUACUAAACCUCUUCCAGAAUCAAUGUAAAAGAGAUGCAAGUGGAAGUGGAAGGCCUUCUAAAGAAAUUGUUGGAAAUCGAGCAAAAGAUAUUUUCAUCCAAGGAUGAUGUGAAAGUCCAGUUUGGGAAAUCUAUUAAAGUAAGUUACGUGGAUUUACUAAUGGUACUCAAGCUUCCUUUUAUUCCAGAAUGUUUCUUAGUUGUGCCUGCUAAAUGGGUUUCACAGGUCCUUGCUCUCUUUAAGAGUCAUGGGUCACAUCCACAACAUGCAUUUAUUGUACAUGUCUCUCCCCCCAAAAAACCACACAAAUGGGAACUGUAGCUUACCCCUGAUGGAGCUACAAUUCCCAGCACCCUUAAACUACAGUUCCAAGGAUUGUUUAAGGGAAGCCAUGCUCUAAAUGUGAACAUGCAAUGUGGAUGUGUGACCAUGGUUUUCCACAAAAGAUCUUGGGAACUGUAGUUUCUUACGGGUCUCCUAAGCCAGUGAUGGCCAAACUUGGCCCUCCAGCUGUUUUCAUACUACAAUUCCCACCAUCCCUGAUUACUGGUCCUGUUAGCUAGGGAUGAUGGGAGUUGUAGUCCCAAAACAGCUGGAGGGCCAAGUUUGGCCAUCACUGUCCUAAGCUCUCUGCACCAUUGACAAACUACAGAUCCCAGGGUUCUGUGGGGGAAGCCAUGACUGAUACAACUACUUUAAAUGUAUGGUGUGAAUGUGAAUCAGAUCAAUAGUCCAUAUAGCUCAGUAUUGUACCCUCUCUCCAUGACCCUCUGAAGGUCCCAGGGAUCAAUCCUGAGAUCUUUUUGCAUACAAGCCAUGGAGCUAUGGGGACACGGGUGGCGCUGUGGGUUAAACCACAGAGUCUAGGGCUUGCUGAUCAGAAGGUUGGCGGUUCGAAUCCCCGCAAUGGGGUGAGCUCCCAUUGCUCGGUCCCUACUCCUGCCAACCUAGAAGUUCGAAAGCACGUCAAAGUGCAAGUAGAUAAAUAGGUACCGCUCCGGCGGGAAGGUAAAUGGUGUUUCCAUGCGCUGCUCUGGUUCGCCAGAAGCAGCUUAGUCAUGCUGGCCACAUGACCCGGAAGCUGUAUGCCGGCUCCCUCGGCCAAUAAAGCAAGAUGAGCGCCGCAGCCCCAGUGAUGGGCCUAAUGGUCAGGGGUCCCUUUAACUUUACCUUUACCAUGGAGCUAUGACCCCUCUGAAAUGAAAGAAAAUGGAGUGGCCCCUAACAUGGCUCUGCAUGCAUGUGCUGGAGCACCUGUGGCUUUUCUUAGAAUCAUAGAACUAGAGAGUUUGAAGGGCCCUUGAGGAUCAACUAGUACCACUCCCUGCAAUGCAGGAAUAUGCAGCUGCCCCAUACAGGGAUCGAACCUGCAACCUUGGCGUUAGCAGCACCCUGCUCUAACCAGCUGAGCUAUCCAGUGGUGCAACGUGUGGAAUAACGUUUAGGAGAGACCACUGGUGCGUGAUGGUGCAGGGCGAGAGUAGCCGUUUGUUUUCAAUUUGUCACCCUACAUUUAUUUAUGUAUUAUCUUUCUUCCAUCAUGGAACUGGCAGCAUACAUAUGGUUCUCAAGUGGCUCAUUCUGACGCUGUCCAGACCCCGGGUGCCUUGGUUUUUGCAAAGUGGGGCCUCGUGCGCCUGGGAUGCAAACCAUGCUGCUCCCCUCCACCCCAUUAAGAGAUGAGAUGAAUGCACUUUAUCUUCAGCUGGCUGAAAAGAACAAAUAGACUGGCCUGGUUAAUUUAGGCAGCCUGUCGAGCAAAAUUCUGAAAGCAAGGCCCCUUGCUGCCAAGAGAUUGCGUGCACGAGAGAGAGAGAGAGAGAGAGAGACAAGAUGUUUGCCCGCAUUGUGCCUUAAAGCCAAUUGGUUCUGUCUGCAGUAGAGUCUUCUUCUCCUUCAGUUGACGGGUUUGCCAUUUUGCACAAGCAUAUUCUGGACAGUCUUGGGAGAAAAGCAAUGACAAACCUAGACAGCAUCUUAAAAAGCAGAGACAUCACCUUGCCAACAAAGGUCCGUAUAGUUAAAGUCAUGGUUUUCCCAGUAGUGAUAUAUGGAAGUGAGAGUUGGACCAUAAAGAAGGCUGAUCGCUGAAGAAUUGAUGCUUUUGAAUUAUGGUGCUGGAGGAGACUCCUGAGAGUCCAAUGGACUGCAAGAAGAUCAAACACAUCCAUUCUUAAGGAAAUCAGCCCUGAGUGGUCACUGGAAGGACAGAUCGUGAAGCUGAGGCGCCAAUACUUUGGCCACCUCAUGAGAAGAGAAGACUCCCUGGAAAAGACCCUGAUGUUGGGAAAGAUGGAGGGCACAAGGAGAAGGGGACGACAGAGGACAAGGUGGUUGGAUAGUGUUCUCGAAGCUACGAACAUGAGUUUGACCAAACUGCGGGAGGCAGUGGAAGACACGAGUGCCUGGCGUGCUCUGGUCCAUGGGGUCACGAAGAGUCGGACACGACUAAACGACUAAACAACAACAACAUUCUGGGCAGUACUGCAGAUUGCAGUGGUCUGGCUAGCUGGAGACAGAUUCCUCGCAAUAAUGCGUUGUGAACUGAAUGGUGCGAAACAGGAGAUCCAUUCAAAAUAAAAAGUGCUUCCUUGAGGAAGAAGUCGGGAUCCCAGGCAACAACUGAGAAAAGAAGCUUGUUUCCUCCUGCUCUGAAGGGUAGGACUUGAACCGGUGGCUUCAAGUUACAAGAAAGGAGAUUCCAACUAAACACCAGGAAGAUCUUUCUGAUAGUAAGAGCUGUUCAGCAGUGGAAAGGACUCCCUUGGGAGGUUGUGGACUCUUUUUCCUUGGAGGUUUUUAAGCAGAGGUUGGAUGGUCAUCUGUCAUGGCUGCUUUAGCUGAUAUUCCUGCAUUGCAGGGGGUUGGACUAAAUGACCCUUGGUUCUAUGAUCCUACGAUUUAGUAGACUAAAAGAUGAUUGGCUAGAAAGCCCUUUAUUCUAUUUAUUUCAGAAAGUUGCUCACAAGCUGCUAAAGAGCUCUUUUGGACCAUUUUCACAUACUUUACCCCCCUUGAGUCUGUUGUUUUUUAAAAAAUGUAUAUCUUACCUUACAAUUACUGUUAUUUUCUGUGGCUGCUUAUGAUAAUAUUAGUAAGUAAUGGUUAAGCGGGGCAUUAAGACCAACAAAAUACAAACUGUAAAAUCAGUCAAACAAACCACACCAGGUGCAAUGUUAUUUUGAACAAUGUUUUCUAACAUGUGCAAAUUGUGUUUGCAAGUAGGAUAGCAUAAAUGCUUCCAAGGAACUGGGUGAAGAAAUGAAUGCCCUUGUGGAAAAGAAAGCUGAGCUUGCUGAUUAUCUCUGUGAAGAUCGAAACACACACUCAUUAGACGAUCUUUUUAACACUAUGAAAACCUUCAGGGAUCUCUUCAUCAAAGUUCUCAAGGUUUGCAAUAAUAAACAAGGUUUGAUAAUGACAAGUGGGACCUGCAACAAAAUUUUGCUAUGUGGAAUGUUCCCAUUCAGGGUUCCUGCCAGCCAUGCCCUUUCUCAAUAUAUUCCAUUCCCACACCACCCAGUUUUAAUUUCCUCUACCCCAGCAGCCAGCAAUUUUUUUGGGUGUGUGUGUGUGUGUGUGUGUGUGAACUGCUCACAUUUUGUUCUCAUUGGGCUGUAUAUUGUGAUUUUCCCCUCUUAUCUCCCUGCCCCCGCAAUCAUUUUUCUAUUGCUGCAAAACUCAGGGUUCCCCUGAACUUACAGGUUCUUCCCUCAUGUUUGUGGGUGAAUCUGUUUUGGCUACAUAAGUAGAGGCACUCACAGCCUGAAAAUCAGAAAUAAGGGGAAUGUAUUAAAGCUACCAAUUAAUGUCAGAAAUGCGUGAAACUACCAUUGUGGGAAUAAAAAAUUCUUUUUAUUAUUAUUAUUAUUUAUUAAAUUUCCCAACAUACAUUUAUAGUAUCCAAUCUAAAUUUAUCACAUAUUUUCUCUUUUAGACUUCCUUCAACCUCUCUGACAAUCAUCCAUUAUUCAAAUUUUUAAAUACGCAUUUCCUAAUUUUAUAUUGCAUUUUAUAAACCUUCACACACUUAGUUUUCAUCAAUACAAUAGUCCUCUAUCAUUUACAGAACUUCUUGAAAUCCCACUAGCGUUAUUUGCUCAUCACAUACACAUUUCAGAUAGUCUGAAAAUUUUCCCCAGUCUUCAAUGAACUUUUGAUCUCGUAUAUAUCUGAUCUUUCCUGUUAGUUUGUCCAGUUCAGCAUACUCCAUCAGUUUCAUUCUCCAUUCUUCGAGCGUCGGCAGUUGUUCCUGUUUCCAUUUUUGGGCCAAUAAUAUUCUCGCUGCUGUUACUGCAUAUUGGAAAAGUUUACAGUCCAUUCUAUUUAUUUCAUUUCCUACUAUUCCUAGAAGAAAAGCCUCUGGUUUCUUAACAAACGUAUAUUUCAACAUCUUUUUCAUCUCAGUAUAUAUCAUUUCGCAGAAGCCCUUCACCUUCUUACAAUCCCACCACAUAUGAUAAAAUGUUCCUUCUUUUUCUUUACAUUUCCAACACUUAUUACAUGUUUUAUACAUUUUUGCCAGUUUCACAGGUGUGAUGUACCAUCUAUAAAUCAUUUUCAUAACAUUUUCCUUUAACGCAGUACAUGCCGUAAAUUUUAUAUUUUCAUUCCACAGUUUUAUCCAAUCAUUAAACUGUAUAUUAUAACCCAAAUCUCUGGCCCAGUGUAUCAUAACCGAUUUAACUUCCUCAUCUUUUGUAUACCAUUCUAGCAAGAUUUUAUACAUCUUGGACAAAAUUUUAUUUUCAUUGUUUAUUAUUUCUAUUUGAAAUUUCGAUUCUUUUACCUCAUAACCUCUUUCUUUUAAGUCCUUUUUAAACAUUUCGUUAACCUGAUAAUAAUGCAACCAAUCAUACACAUACUCUUUCACUUCUUCAUAGGAUUUCAUUUUCCAUUUUCCUCCUUCCUUUAUAAUCAAUUCUUUAUAUGUAAUCCAGUUUCCCUCAUAUUGACUUUCUUAAGACUCAUAACUUCUAACGGAGAUAGCCAGUGGGGAGUUCUUGAUUCUAAUAAACUUCUAUAUCUCUCCCAUAUUUCUAUGAGAGAUCUUCUAAAGAUGUGGUUUUCGAAACCUUUAUGAAUCUUUCUUUUCUCACACCAUAGAUAUGUGUGCCAGCCAAAUCUGUUAUCAAAACCUUCUAAGUCCAAUAACUCAGUAUUUUUUAACUUUAUCCAUUCUUUCAACCAGCAGAGACAUGAAGCUUCAUAAUAUAAUUUCAAGUCUGGCAGGGCGAAGCCGCCUCUUUCUUUCGCAUCCGUUAAUAACUUAUACAUAAUUCUUGGCUUCUUACCCUGCCAGAUAUAUCUUGAAAUUGCUCUUUGCCACUCUUUAAAUAUCGCUGUCCCCUUAAUUAUUGGAAUUGUCUGAAAUAAGAAUAACAUCUUUGGCAGCACACUCAUCUUAAUCGUUGAAAUUCUCCUCCAAAAGGAUAACUUCAUUCGGCCCCACACCUCUAGAUCUUUCUUUAUUCCCUUCCACACUGGCACAUAAUUAUUCUGAAACUAAUCAAUACUCUUGGGGGUUAACCAGAUUCCCAGGUAUUUAACUUUUUUCACCACUUCUAUCCCUGUUUGUUGUUGCAUUGUUUCUAUCAUACCUUGAUCCAUAUUUUUUGCUAACAUUUUAGUUUUUUUCUUAUUCAAUAUAAACCCUGCCACUUGACCAAAUUGUUCAACUUCCUCCAAAACAACUUUUGAACUUUCCGGUGGUUCUUCCACUGUUAUUACCAGAUCAUCAGCAAAGGCUUUUACUUUAUGUUCAUUACGGCCUACUGACACACCUUUUAUUGCUUCAUUUCUCCUUAUUGAAUUUAGGAAAAUCUCCAGAACCAUUAUGAAUAACAAUUGUGAAAGAGGACAUCCUUGUCUCAUACCGUUUGAUAUUUUUAAUUCUUCCGUAGUCAUAUUGUUUAUAUCUUUUUGCAUGCAAGCCAUGGAGCUAUGGGGACUUCACAAAACUGCAUACUGGUAGAAGGAACCACCAGCUACUCCUUAGUCUUUGCUAGAACUGAAUAUAAUUCUCAGAUCUCUAGCUUGCAUGCUUCUUGUGGGCAUUUUGAUACAAAGGAAUUAUGUGUGAAUACAGCAGUGUGUUUGACUUUCACACACUUGUGCAUGCACAGAGGCACCAGCGCAAGCCCUCUCCCCUAGACUUGCUGAUAGCAAGCCACUUCUGAAAUUCGAAAGAGGGAGUUGCAAGAAUAAGUUUCAGUGUUUUGUGAGGGGUUUUUGUUUGGAAGGAGGACAUAAAGAACCCUCUUGAGAGAGUCUUUGCAUCUACCCAGAACUCUGCUUUGUAGCCUUUGUCUGGUAUGAGCAGCUAAAGUAGAUAACAUGGUUAUAAUAAAGCACACACUACUUCUCUAUACAUGGGUUAAGAUGCAUGGGGCAUGCAGCAAGCUGCUUUGACUCUUUUUAAUAACAAAUGAACAGGGAGUUGUACAAUUGCUGCUGAAUUUAGUAACUGGUUGUAUGUUGUAAUUACCGUAUUUUUCCGUGUAUAAGACUAGGGUUUUUUUUACCAAAAAAAUUAGUUUAAAAUUGGGGCUUGUCUUAUAGACAGGUAGUGCUGAGAGGUGUUUUCUUAAUUUGGAGUCCCCAAAAAUAAGGGGCGUCUUAUACAUGAGGGCAUCUUAUGCACGGAAAAAUACGAUGUAUCCCUGCACAUUUUGUGGCUGUGAAUCCCAAACAUUAAUUCAUAGUUUCAUGAAGCAGUAUUUUCCUCCUUGCAUGUCCUGAGCCCACUGUCAGUCAAAUUAAUUCAAAUUGCAUGCCGCUGACUGCCCUGAUCUCGUACUACAGUGGUACCUCAGGUUACAUACGCUUCAGGUUACAGACUCUGCUAACCCAGAAAUAGUACCUCAGGUUAAGAACUUUGCUUCAGGAUGAGAACCGAAAUCGUGCUGCGGUGGCGGCAUGGCGGCAGCAGGAGGCCCCAUUGGCUAAAGUAGUACCUCAGGUUAAGAACAGUUUCAGGUUAAGUACGGACCUCCGGAACAAAUUAAGUACUUAACCCGAGGUACCACUGUACUUUAGCAUGGUUUCCGCCCCAGUGGACAGUGAUUUACUGUGGUGGUUUGUAAAUUAAUUCAAGGAAUGGUUUGUUGUUUUGUUUAAAAGUGGGCUGCAAUUUUCAAACUAGGUGGGUUUAUUAUCCAUGGGAAGUUUUUUGGUCAUGCUUCUAUUGAAUUUUAGAUUUGUGUGUGUUGGAAUGUAGGAAAAUCAGGACAGAAGGGAACAAGUGGUAAAGGCAGAAAAGAGGAAGAAUUUGCUUGAAGAGGGAGAAGCAGCUAAGCGUCGGAAGCAUUGUUAAAGAGGUAUAACCUUUGGAAAUAAGUUUUCCUAUGUUCCCCCACUUUUCAUUUAUUAUCACAACCAGUUUGGGUAUUCCUUUUUAAUAUUUGAUUUUGUAACACUGGGUCCAUGUACAGGUUUACCUCGAUGCAGGGUCUAAACCACUGAGCCUCUUGAGUUUGCCGAUCGGAAGGUUGGCAGUUCGAAUCUGCUCAAUGAGGUGAGCUCCCGUUGCUCUGUCCCAGCUCCUGCCAACCUAGCAGUUCAAAAGCACGCCAGUGCAAGUAGAAAAAUAGGUACCACUGUGGCAGGAAGGUAAAUGGCGUUUCCAUGCACUCUGGCUUCCGUCACGGUGUCCCAUUGUGCCAGAAGCGAUUUAGUCAUGCUGGCCACAUGACCCGGAAAGCUGUCUGUGGACAAACGCCGGUUCCUUCGGCCUGAAAAGCGAGAUGAGUGCCGCACCCCAUAGUCACCUUUGACCGAACUUUAUGUUUUUACCUACCUAGAUGCCUUCUUGAAUUCAACAGCUAAUGCCGGUUAUUAAUUUACUUAUUUACUGCUCCUUAAGUGUGUGACACUGUGGCCUAAAAUGCCCAUCAUUUCCCUUUUUAUAGCAAAUGUAGGGCUUUUGGAGGGGAGGAGGAGGGAAACGGGGAGAGGCUGAUCACAAAGGAGGAAGUUAAAAACAAAUAAACCUAAAAAUGGUUCCAUGUUCCACAUUGGGACUAGUGGUGGUUGGGUCCCGGGUUCCAAAAAGAUUGAAGAUUUGGUAGAUGCUGAACUUAUGUUAAGAUGGUUAAAGUAAAGGUAAAGGGACCUCUGACCAUUAGGUCCAGUCGUGGCCGACUCUGGGGUUGCGGCGCUCAUCUCGUUUUAUUGGCUGAGGGAGCCGGCGUACAGCUUCCGGGUCAUGUGGCCAGCAUGACUAAGCCGCUUCUGGUGAACCGGAGCAGUGCACGGAAAUGCCGUUUACCUUCCCGCUGGAGUGGUACCUAUUUAUCUACUUGCACUUUGACGUGCUUUUGAACUGCUAGGUUGACAGGAGCAGGGACCGAGCAACAGGAGCUCGCCCCGUUGCGGGGAUUUGAACCGCUGACCUUCUGAUCAGCAAGUCCUAGGCUCUGUGGUUUAACCCACAGCGCCACCCGCGUCCCUCAGUUAAGAUGGUUAAGACGGGUUUAUUGUCUCAAUUUGGCCUCCUUUUUUUUAGUGAACAUUGCCAUAUUAGGAGAAGUAGCUUGUUGAGCGGGGUGGGGGCAGGCAAGGGGAUUGUGGUGGAAGAGGGGCCCUCCGGCCCUCCAAAGACCAGCUCUGGAUGAGGAACUCCCUGUACAGCCUUCUUGACCCCAUAGAUCCCUUAGGAACCCUGAUAGAGCCUCCACACUAGGUGACAACAACAGAUACCAGUUCCGACAGCUGCCACUGUCACCUGCAGAAAUCCCCCUACCAGCAUGACAGCUUGCUCCUGUUCACUCAAUGUUUUGCUCCCUGCUUCUUGAUUUGGGGAUGUAGUUAAAGGCACCUGAGUGGGCAGCAUUGAGAAGGGAGCACUUAAGAACUUUCUGCAGAACUUGGAGACUUCACCAAGACGUUUUAGGGCUCCUUCACGGAUCAUAUUUAUGGUCCUAAUCUAGAGGCCGGGAACCUUUGGGGCCAGAUCUUGAUCCACCCCAGUGGACCAACUUGGAGAGACGGGCAGGACUCUUCAUCUGUCGGUGCAUCCUGACAUCAUGAUGAUGCCAGGUGACUGAUAAGCGAGCAGUCCUACCCACAUGUCAGAGUUGACUGGCAGGAUGGGGUAGGCUGGUAAAACAUGCUGAAUAGUAAAGCAGUGCCCAGCAGGAUUGAACCCUCUGCCUGCCAGCUGAUGAACAGAAGGUUUAGUGUUGCUGGCUGCAGGGGUCUGGUUAGCCAGUGUAUUGUCUGCAGGGAACAUGCUGCCAAAGCAGCACCCAGCAGGACUGAACCCUCUGCUGAUGUACAUAGACUCGGGCUAUUAGUCAUUCUGUUUUUUAAUUCAAAGGUGCUGGUAUGUAUUGGCAUGAUUUCACUGCAUACAAAUUUGAGGCGUGUUGUCUCUCUCUCUCUCUCUCUCUCUCUCUCUCUCUCUGCAUAGCUUGAAAAUGAGCUGCAACGAAGGAAGCUGGCAUCUUUGGUGCUUUGUCGGGGAAAGGCUUUCAGUUGUGGGGAAAACCAUCAAUUCCUGGAAACUCUAUGCAGGAGCUGUCUUAAAAAAAAGAAAGAAAGAAAAAGAAUCCUGCUCUUUUGGGGGGCGGGCCUUGUACUUCAGUUUACUUUCUUAACUGGAAAUAAUAAUACUUCAUGUCCAAGCAGUUAUUUCCCCCUCCCCAACUUAUCAAGCGAGAAAAUUGAAUUAUUAUUAUUUUAUAUAAAAAAGAGGAACUUGAUAGUGGAUGCUUGUUUAGAUUUCUGUGCUUUACUUAAUAACAUAUUUAUUAAUUUAUUAUUUCCAUUGUGUCAGUUUUGGUAAGAACAAUGCCUUUAUUAAUUACUAAGCUGAACAGCCUAUGGAAGAAAAUAAAAAGCUAUAAUAUGACUCCUUGUGGAAAUUUUGAUGUAAAUUACCUGUCUAUUGCACAUAAAAGGAGGAAAAGGAAUGGAGUUAGGUAACAGAGUACAGAAAUCCCACUUCUUAUUGAAAUUUCUUGAAUUGCAUGGGCACUGAUUUAAACUGGUACAAAGCGUUCCCUGUUAGGGAAAAAUGCAGGAUAUAAAUGUGCAACA